AAAUAGAUAGUUCGCUGUCUACGCCUGUCAAACUGCGAUGGUUUCCUUUUCCUGAAUCCAAUUAAAUCAAAAUAAAUAACAACAACAUAAAAUACAAGAAAUCUUUGGUGAAAAAUAUUCCAUCAAAGACUAGUAAAUUGAUGGUAGAAUUUGUGUCUGACUGCCUAUAGAAAAUUUAAUAAAAUAGUUUCAAGUUGACGAUGACGAAAAUGCAGUAUUGAUUUUAUUCAUGUGAAGUGCGAACUAGUUGUUUAUAGUCGUUGGAUUAUUGAUUUUCCGCGCUACACACUACCCUGCACCCCUGCACCCUUCCAUGCACCGGCCGGGACGCUCGCAGCUUCGAGCGAAGGCUAGCUCAAUCUAGGGCCUCAGUCGAGCUUCGGGCGCCAUCGAGUUGGCCGCUCGCUUGAGUGCGGUUCACUUUACCUGUGGAAGAGUUAAAUCAUUUUGUGAAUUGUGAGUGCUGAAUUACAACAAGAUGGCAGGAGGGGCCUGUAUUAGAAAAGGGAGCUACAUAAACGAAAUAAUGCCGGAGGGGUUCUGCGACUGCUGGAACGGCGACGACGAGAUGGAGCCCGGUAACCCCGACUGCGGCUGCGGCGAGGAGCUUGGCAUCGUCGAGUGGCGCUGGGCGGCCCCCAAGCGAGCUCCCAAGUGGGUCGAACUGUACGAAGAUCAAAAGCAGGUGGUGUUCCAUCCCCUGUACAGCUCUGGCACUGCAAUCGUCAAAGGCAACAAAGCUUUAGAGACCAACAGGCACUACUACUGGGAAGUGAAAAUGCUCACCCAGCCAUAUGGCACCGACAUCAUGGUGGGCCUGGGCAGCCAGGAGGUAGGUGAAUCUUUCCGUGACUACACGUCCUACCUUGGUGGCAACGAGCACUCUUUUGGGCUCUCAUACACAGGCGCUAUCUGCAAGAAUGCCAGAGUCGUUGAGGACUGCCCCGGAUUCUGCAAGGGGACCAUCAUUGGAGUGAUGGUUGAUAUGUUCCUUGGCACACUGGAAUUUUAUCUAAACCGUGAGCCUCAGGGAUUGGUGUUCACGGGUCUCGGACGUCACAAGACAUGGUACCCGAUGGUAUGUUCAACAGCUGCUCAGUCCUCUCUGAGGCUUACGUAUGCCUCCUCAUGGACCACUUCUUUGCUGAUUAAUGCUGCCAAGGUGCUGGCUGCUUCUGUGACUGGCCGCCUCCUCUUCAACAACUUGCCGCCUGGCCUGGCCGCUACAAUGAAGAAGGAAUUCUGGAUUCCGCUGCGCAGCGGUGGCAUGCUUGACAAAGAGCUUGCUAAGGUCGAGCGCCACAUUCGAGCUAGAAUAAAGGACAGAAGAUGGUAAAAUAGGGCCCCUAAUGGCACACCUCUUCCACGUGUGCCAUUAAGCCCCACAGAGGAAAUGCAGCUGAUCUACGCCAACAACAGAGUUGGCCUGCAUCCGAUCUUCUUGAUGAACACCCUGCUCUUCGGGUAUUAAGAAUGCAACAUUCAGGUGUGAUGACUGGCAUAACAGCAGUGUUAUGUGUGAUCGAAUUAUAUUGAAGGCCUCAUUAUGGCCAAUCGGAAAAGAAAGACUGUCUAAACUUAGAUUUUAGAAUUUAUUGUAUUACUGUCACUAUGACUUUCUAUUAUGAUCUGAGCGGCAAUAGCCCAAUGGCAUUGUGGAAGUUAAAGUCCAUUGAACUAUUGACGUGAUCCCCUCCUGUCUCCAGUCAAUGUUGCUGGGUACAGGUGGGCUUACAAGAUUACUAGUUAUAUGAAACAUAUCCCUAGUAAUCAAAGUUUUAAAAACUUAUUGGUGUCUAAUUUUAUCAUUAUUAAUAUAAGUCUGGGUAUUUAUUAAUCUGAUCUUAUUGUCAUAAUUAUGUCUACACAUAGGAUAAACAUUCAAAAUGGUUAUUGUAAAACUGUGUAGGAUAAGUUUGUAAAGCUGCAAUAGCACAAUGUUUGAUUUGGUUUUAACCAGAUCCAUUGAACUAUUGUGGUGGACCCCCUGUGGGUUGAAAAGAAUAUUAGUAAUGUUUUAAAAAGGCAUUGCUAGUAUUCUAACUAAUUAUAUAAAAAAACUGCGCGAUUUAACUUGCUGUAUCUCCGUGCAAAUUAUCAUGCAUGUCAUGGCAACGGGAUUAAAUCAGAAUUUGAGGUGUUAUUUUGCAUGAUUACCGAGUGACAGCACAGGUCUUAAGGAAAUUUCAAUGUUAUCAAAUAAUGGAUUAUGUGUCUAGUUAUAUCAUUAUAUCAAUAAGGUUAUUUACUGGAAUUCUUUACUAUAAGAUUCAAUUAUUAUAUCUCAAUGUAUGUUGCCAUUAGGGCUAACAUUUGAAUUAUAAUAUCAUAAUAAUAUAAUCAAUUUGAAGCAGGCUGAAGCUAUCCUGGUCAAUUUAAAUGUAAGAUUCAAUUUACUCUGUCACUCAUAUCACCAAUAGGGUGUAUAUUCGAUGGUAAUCUUUAAAUAAUUAUGUGUGCUCAUUGGAUUAGUAGCAAUAGUCCAAUGUUAUUUGUUUGCAUGAUCCGUUGAACUAUUGCGCCAAACCCACCGGAAAUGUCCGCAAACAUUGCAACUCUAUUGCUAGCAUUCUUAUAUUUUAAAAUAUAAUAAUUAUCUCUUUGGUGUUGCAACGCAUUUGCGAUUAAUUAUACUGCUACGCGUAAAAAAUUGCGUUAUUCAUUUUGUGCUUGUCUGAAACCCCUUUGUGUCUUCCCUUCUAUUUGUUUAAAUGUCAUGCUAUAGUUAUCGGCACGGAUAUUGAGCCCUGACCUUCACCUGCGCAGAAGCGAUUUAUUGGUUUAUUGCCUUAUGUGUACAGUGCGCAAAGCGAUCCCCACUCUUCCGCCGAGAGCUCAAUAUCCGUGCCGAUAACUAUACAUUACAUGGUAUUGUGGAGUAAGUAUAUCUGAACGUUAUCCUGAAGGCGAAGGAUUUAUCCAGAAUAG